UUUGUUUUGCUUUCAGAUGUUGGAUUGAUUUUACAUUUAAAUGGUGAUCGAAAUGCUCUUGUAAAAAACUGUAACAUUAAAAGUAAAUAAUUGAUUCAUUUAUUGACUGAUCAACAUUAAAUAUUUUUGUGUUUGUGUUUAGUAUUAAAGAUAGUCAAAAUAGUCAAAUCUGUCUUGUAAAAAUCUUGAAAUAGCUUAUUCCUACUAUUCAUGCUAUAUUAACUAUGAGCUAACCUUACUAUGUAAUUUGUGCAUCUUACAUUUUCCCUUAUCAAUCAUUUAUUUGUCAAACUUAAUCCUCAACGCUUAUAUUCUUAUUGAUUUAACCAAAAAAUUUAUCUAUCUAAUCAUUUUAUUGUUAUUUCGAAUGAUCAAUAUAAUUCCAAUUUAUGUAAACAAAGGAAAGUUUGAAAGGGAACAUCUCAAAAUUUAGUGUCAUUAUCUGGUAGUGGCAUUAUGUGGCAAGUGUCAUUAUUAUUGGACUAAUUGACCAGUGAAACUAUAUUAUUUUAUUCGCUAUUGAUCACAACCAUCUUCUACAUGAACCAAACUUACCAAAGGUGCUUAUAAUGUGGACAUAAAGCCUCAAUUACCACGUGGAAACAUGGGUGAACAAGUAAACUCAAGCAAUCAGAAUAGACAACAGUUUGAUGAUAUUAUUGAAGAGAUUGAAUCUAAUCAUGAAUCUCAUUCCAAUGAGAGUGAUAUUAUUUCAAUGCCUGACAUUGAUUAUCCCAUAAUGGAGCAAAUAACGAUCCGUGGAAACGGUAACAUGACUCUGUUUGGCCUAUCCAAUACAUUUUCAAAUGGAUAUCCAACAAGCUUAAUUGGUAAAGUGUCAAAGGAAGAGUUUGAGGCAACCAUAAAUCGAGUCAAUAAUCUCUUAAAAAGUCACCAUUCAAUAAAUGCACGCGUUCUCUUAAUUGGAUGUCUAUGCUGUUGUUGUUCAUUUGGAUGUUCCCUAUUAUGGCCAACUCUUGCUUUAUCCAAACGUACUCGAAAUGCUUUAGAGAAGCUACUGUACAGUGAAAAUAAUCGUCUCUAUCACAAGCUUGGCCUUAAUUGGAAACUAGGCAAAGAAAGAUGUCACUCUAACAAUUCAUUCAUGGAUUAUGUCCUCAUCAUUGAAUUUCUUCCUAAACACCAUAUUUAUUUACCUGAUUGACAGUUUACAUUCAAACAAACCAUUUAAAUCAGCCUUUCUUCUUGACCUUAAAGUCUGUUUCAUUUUCUUUCAGCAUUUUAUCAUCAAAUAUAUAAUAUCUUUUGUUUUAUUUUAAAUCAGGUCAACGGAACUUUCAAAGCCAAUCAACCAUAUGUGUGGUUAACAAAAUUUCUGAGAUUAAAUUUUGCGAUUGUAGCUUGUCAAAAAUUUCAAUCGACCCCAUAAA